UUCAGUAUGAAGAGAGCAUGUGUGACUCUCCCUCGUCAUUUGACUCCAGAUAAAGUAAAAGUCUCUCAGACACUAAUUAAUGGUUUAGUCGAUUCUUUAUGGAGUAAAAGCAAGUCAGAAAAUGUUUUUAGAUACGAGUUAUCAGAAUCUUGCUUGCGGAGUAUCCCUGGCCAAUGUCAAUUCUGUGCAGAUUACAAUGAACAUAGAUUUUCAAAGAAGAGAGCUGCCCACUCAGUGUCUUCUUGCAAUCAACUCUUCAACGACAGUUUAUUUAACUUCAACAAGCUUAAUGAUUCAGAGAUCUUGCUAGAAGUUUCUCUGUCGGAUGAUGCAGAUUGUGUAAGUUUCUCUAUGGACAGUGGUUCAUCCUUAGUUGCUGUUAAUGCAAGCCCGUUAUCGGAGAGUCACAUUCUUCUUCUACCAUCACCUGAAAAAUGCUUAAACCAGAGGUUAACUCUCGGUGCAGUCGAGCUGGGACUGUCAUUUUCUGUUAGCUGUGGUGAUCCAGAUCUACGAGUAGUUUUCAACAGUUUACGAGCAUUUGCGUCCAUCAAUCAUCUUCAUCUCCAUGCUUACAAGUGCAGUGCUAGUCUGCCAAUAGAAAGUGCACCAGUUGUACACUUAGUGGAUUGUUGUUAUAAACUAACAACUUACCCCGUACCUGGGUUCGUGUUUCAGCUUCAGACUGAUACUGUUUCACUUGCUAAGAGCGUGUUUACGGCAGUAGAAGUACUACAAGACCAGGAUAUACCCCACAAUAUGAUGAUAACAUAUGGGGACCCCUGCGCUGUUCACACAAAUCCAACCAUAGUUCCAGAACCUGUCCUUCGAGUUUGUUUGUGGCCUGUCAAACCAUCAGACCAGCUUCCUGCUGAUGAGCUACUUUUCAAACCGGCAGUGUGUGAGAUAAGUGGUCAUAUUUUACUACACGACUUGGACUUAUUUCAAACCAUCACAGAGACACAGAUAAUCAAUACCCUCAAGAUAAAUGCUUUUGAAGAAGAUCAGUUUCAAGAAAUUACUGCUUUGGUCAGGAAGAAAUUGGAAGCAGUAAAUAAGAGCAGCUAAUUUUGUCAUGCGAUUGAUCUCACGUCACGUCAUAAAACUACUCUGGUUUCACACAGAAAUAGUCACAUAUUGUGUUUUUAUAUUUAUUUUACUACUUUUUAACCUCAUUUUACGUUUAAUUAUUUAUACAAUUUUAUGUUUGAAGUAACAUUGUCAGUUAGAUUUCAUUUUAUCAAAUAUGUUAAAGCAUACAUAAAGUAACACAUAAAUUAUUGCAAAACAAAGUUAGUUAUCUGGAGUAACUUAGCUAUAAUAUAAGAGUAACUUAGCUAU